UUUCGAAGAGCUGUGCAUCCGGCCUACCCGAUCUUUGUCUUUGUCUGUACACGAGAUGCUGGGGAAAGGGCCCUCGUAUUUGCUCAGCGACGUCCUGCACCUCCCGGAGCCCAGCGCGCGGUUCCUGCUCGCUCUCUACGGCGCAUAUCUGUUCUCCUUCAUCUACCGCUACUACGUCUCCAGACAUGGAGCUGCCGUUCAGAACUUGUACUGGACAAUGAGUGGUGUUUUGAUGGUAGUAUACAUCUAUGGAUGGGGUGUGUGGCACAUGCUAUUGGAUACAGUGGCAGUAUACUGUACUCUAAGACUAAUUGGAGGGACCCUGUUAUCUGUAGUCAUUACCUGGCUUAUCACAAUGGGCCACUUGGUUGGUGGUUAUCUGCACAUCAUGUACUCAAACGAGAUCCAUCCAAUAGCUUGGACCAUCCCUCACUGCGUUAUGGUUCUCAAGAUGAUCGGACUUGCCUACAGUCUCUAUGACGGUCGAAAGAAACAGGAGACGCUUGUCAGUGAAGACAUUAGGAAAAAUGCUGUCCACAGCGUUCCAUCAUUUCUCGAGGUUAUGGGCUUCAGUUUCUUUCCUGGGUCUGUCUUGGCUGGACCUCAGAUGUGGUUUGUCCGCUAUCGAGAUUUCGUUGAAGGAAGACUCUUCGACUACCAAAAGACACCUAGUAGUACAUUUGCUGGAGUGAAGCGACUUCUCCUUGGUACAACCCUCUCCGUAUUGUACGCAUCUCUCAACAACUACUAUCCCAUUGAGUUUCUAGCUACCAAAGGUUUUGCAGAUGAAAUGUACAUAAGGAAGCUUUGGCUGGUUUUCAUCAGCGGGAAAGUGGUUCUCUGGCGAUACAUUGCAGUGUGGCUGAUUGCCGAGGGCUCCUGUAUUGUGACAGGGAUAUCGUACAAUGGGGAGACAAAGGAAGGAGAGGCUGAUUGGAGUGGUCUGACUAAUAUUAAACUUUUCGACUUUGAGACUUGCAUCACUUUACAGGGAGUUGUGGACUCUUUCAAUAUAAACACCAACAGUUGGAUGGCACUGUACGUCUAUAAGCGGUUGAAGUGGUUAGGGAGCAAGGAGCUGUCACUGGCACUAACUCUCGUGUUCAUUUCCCUCUGGCAUGGAAUCUGGCCCGGUUACUACUUCAACUUCAGUCUGGAAUUUAUAGACCUUACUGCCGAAAGAACUUUUCAUCACAGGGCCAAAAAGCUCCUUGGUGGAGAGCUGUCAGAUACUCCUGCUGUGGUUCGCGUCCCUCUCUCUCUGAUUGCCUACUGUCUGAAGAACCUCAUUCUCAUGUACCCCACAACCCUCUUCAUGCUCCUCAGUUGGACCCAGUGCUAUGCCUUCAUGAAAGCAGUGUAUUUCUAUGGGCAUAUCGUCCCGCUAGCCUGGAUAGCGCUACAUCAGCUCCUAUCAUGGCUAGAGAGAAGACGAAAGAGGCAAAAACUAGAAUAGCUAAUGCAAUAGUACUAAGUAGCGAAUCGACUUUCACUUAUCAUUUAUUAUUAUCAUGUUUAGAUAACACUCAUGAAAAUGUGUUAUAAAAUAAGUUUGAUGAACACAGUGAUCACUUACAUACGUAAGAACUCAAGAUAGAUAGGUAUUAUAAGAAAAGGAAAAGUGAAUGAAGGUCAACACUAACUACUGGUCAUAUCAACCUCUUUUACUUGUGAGUCCAUGAGUGCACCACUUGCCAUCUCUGUCUCACAAUCUUCCUCCUCCUUUCCUCUCUUCUCCGACGCAGGAGUUAUUGGCGGUUCAAGUGGUGUAGCCAGAGGAUCAGACAUUCGCGGCGCACACUCAAGAAACUCCUCUGCCACCGGGACACCCAGAAUAUCUGAGACCAUGUGAGCCUUCAACCAGACCGCAAGUGGCGAAGUCCCCCUCUUGUAGUGACUGCUCUUGUGAAAAAACAGCAACCCGUCCACUUCUAGCGGCCACGACUUGCUCAAUACUUGUGCCAUUGAACCCUCGACUCCAGGGUCUCGCCCGCAGGAGAACGAGUCAAGCGGUUUGAAGGCGUACGGAUUGAUCUUUGCGUGUUCUCCGACUCCUUUAGUCUCUGCAAUUUUCGUGUGGAGCCAAAAUGCUCUGAAUUCGCGGUCCGAGUCAUACACAGGAUGACCUCCCCAGCACAUGAGGUCAAGGACAAAGAAAGUUCUGGAAGGACUGUGCAGUAUGCAGUCGAGAAUACAGUAGUCACGCGGUGAAUAGAAGGUCCUCCUGCACCCGCCAGGAAGGAGGGAAGGGAAGCAGUUGAUGAAGGCACCGAUUCGCGAGUAGGCCAGGGUUGUUCUUUUGUUCGCAAUGACGAGACAUCUCUUCCCGACAGGGCACACGGUCAUGAACCAAUUGUCUGUGAAAUCCGGCGGGACAUCGACCAACCAUUCAGACAUCAUUAGCUGGUUACGAUAGGGGUGG